UGCACCAGACCCAAAUCCUCUCUCUCACUGCCCUUUCCUUUCUGUGCACUUUCUGGAAUUUUUUUUUCCUUUUAAAUUUCUCAUAACAUAUAAUUUUUUUUUUUUUUUUUCUCUUUGUUAGCUUGACAACACACAUGCCCUCUCUUUCUUUCUUUCUCUCUCUGUAUCUACCUUUCACUCAUCACACACACUCUCUCUCUCUCUCUUCCUCUCUUUCUUGAGCAUGUUUGUUUGUUAAAGAAGAUUUAUGAGUCUUUAGCUCUCUUUGCCUUAUCCUUCCCUUCACACUUUCUCUUUGUUCCUCCUCCUCCUCCUCUUCUUCUUCUUCUUGUUCUUCACUAGUUUCUUUAGUCUUUGAAGAAUCAACAAAUUCUUUCAAAUCUUUUCAUCUUUAUUCUUACAUCUACCAAAUCCAAGUCUCUCCAUCUCUUUAUUUACUAAUUAUUCUUGUGAAAAGAUUAAAGACCCACUUGACUACUAUAUACUUGCACUGCUUUUUCUUGCCAUUUUCUUUUCUUUCUUGCUUGCUAUCUACCAAGAAAAAGAAAAGGAAAGGAAAAGGAGAAACAAGGCUAUAUACUACUUGAUAAAGAAUCAAGAAAAUGCCCUUAGAAGGGGUUUUUAUUGAACCCUCUACAAACCCUGUUCCUGAUCUUUCUUUACAUAUUAGUCCUCCUAAUAUUUCACCUUCUUCACUUUCUAACACAAUUAUCAACAACAAAACCGGAGCAGAUACAAGCUUUAAUUUUUUGGUGAGCAAAUCAAACAACACAAGUACAGUUAUUACUUCUAUGAGGAAUUCUACAUCUGAUUCUCAAGCUUACACUGAGCUUUCUCUUGCACAUCCAUCAAAUUCGCGGUCCGAUCAAGAAUCCCCACAUAUCCCUUAUCAUUAUCAACAAAAUAGUCUCAACACUAGUACUUGUACUACUGCUACUACUUCUCAUUUAAGUCAUCUAAAUCAUGGAGUUUCGAGACUUGAUGUAUCGGAUGGUUUAAGGCCUAUAAAGGGUAUUCCGGUUUAUCACAACCGUUCAUUUCCUUUCCUGCCAUCAGAACAGUCAAGAGAUAACAAAGAUCCAAAGAUGUGCUUCUACCCAAUGUUAUCUUAUCCAUCUUCUUCUUCUUCUUCAGUGCCUUAUUAUAUUGGAGGAGGAGCUAGUUUAGAUCCCAUGUACUCGUCUACAGCGAAUCAUCAUCACCAUCAUCAUCAUCAACAACAAUCUUUGCCUGCUUACAGUACUAAUAGGCUAACACCUACUACAAGAUUUAGUGGGUUAUCAAUAGAUGCUUUCAAAUCACACCACCAACUGCACCACCACCAAUACGGUGUUGGAUCCGGCGAGGCGUCUCAUGGGUUGAUUAGAUCAAGAUUUUUACCUAAACUUCCUACAAAAAGAAGCAUGAGAGCUCCCAGAAUGAGAUGGACUACCACUCUUCAUAAUCGAUUUGUUCAUGCUGUAGAGCUUCUUGGCGGCCAUGAAAGAGCAACUCCAAAACAGUUCUUGAACUUAAUGGAUGUUAAAGAUCUAACAUUAGCCUCAUGUGAAGAGAUGUAUAGGACUGUUAAGACAACUGACAAGCCUGCAGCCUCCUCAGGCCAAUCAGAUGGUUCUGGUGAAGAUGACUUAUCUCCAAUAGGCAGUACUGGCAAUGAGCACCGUGCCCUACGGCGAUUUUCCGAUCAGAGAGGCCCUUCAGAUGGCUCACUGCAACAAGAAAUUGACUUCCCUUCUUCUGCUUCUGCUGCUGCUGCUGCUACCACUCUUUGGAGUAAUUCUUCAAGUAGUAGAGAACAAUGGCCACAAACAAACUCUAAUGACAUGGAUGAGCAUAGAGAAGCUACAUUCCAAUCACAACAAAGAUCUGGACUCUCAAUUGAGGAAUGCAGUUCAAAUCGGGUGAAGAGUUACUUAGGGUCUAAUUUGGAAGGCAAGAAUCCAAGCUUGGAGUUCACAUUAGGCAGACCAGACUGGCAAGGAAAUGAACAUUACUGAUAAUAAAUAAUUAAUUUUGGUAUACCCGUUUAAUUGUUUCUUUUGAUUGAAAUUUCAUUAGUCUUGUCAUUCAAGAAUGAGAAGGCAAUAGAGAUAUAUAUAUAUAUUUAUAACAAGCAAGAAGAAGAGAUGGGUGAGUUUCUAGUUUCAGUGCAUUUUGAGUCUCUUUUUCAAUUACUGAAACAAGCUAGUGCUGCAAUUUCAUGGGUAAUUUGUAAUGGCAAACAAACAUGAAAUCAAGAAAAAAGAAGAGGAUAGAGACAGAAAA